CCUGCUUGAAGUCCAUCAGUGGUCACAUGUGAGGGAUUCUCGCCAUUGGUUUUCACUCAGAUUAGAAUGAACUUUAUAUCAGUUCCUCUUGAGAAGGAAAGCAGACUCAGCAAGGCGCUACAGCUCCGUUUUUUGGGGAGAAACACUUGGAAUAACUGCUCUGUUUUUAAAUCGGUUUACUCCAAACGUUUGACGGGAUUGGACGCGGUUAAUGGUUAAUGGAUGGCAUUAGGAGAGACGGUGUGCGCUUUGGACACAAACAGGUGAGGACGAUCAACCGGAUACACAGACGACGGAGUCAAACACCGACUGGGAAUGAGUCCAGCAGAGUGGAGGGAAACCGGUCCCUGUUUGUAGUGUGACGCUGAUAUCUUCGGGGUGUUGUCUAAAUAAAGGAAGUCGCCUGGAGCUGCUCGUGCAGGGAGGCAUGCAUGAGAGCAGAUCGGAUGAUGUUGUUGGAUCCGAACCAGCUGUCAGUGACUCGGACGCCCACAGCAGCGCGAGGUCCAGACAGGGCACCGUUGUGGAGCGGCUCUCGCGGUAUGGCAUGCAGGUCAUGUUACCCGGUGCUUUCCAGCGUAGGUCGCGGCUGCAGAGGCAGCAUGAGGUCACUGACAGCUCCGGAGCCCUUCAGAGGGAGGCUCCGGAGAGGACCUCGCUCACACCCGCCAUGCGUAAAAAAUACCUGAAGGAGCUGCUCCUGAGCGACCCUUCACACAGCGGCUUCAGCAGCGUGCUGUCUCAAACCCCCUGCGUGUCCACGGAGCAGGACGCAGUCGACUGGGCGCUGUACCCGAUGGAGCACGCGUGGAUGCUUUCUGCAGUGGAGGGCAGCUACGAAACCAUCCUGGAGUUCAUCUCCGAGGACCCGUAUCUGCUGACCAGGAAGGAUUUUAUCAGCGGGUACUCGGUGCUGCACUGGCUGGCCAAGAGAGGACAAGACGAGACUCUGCUCAAACUUUUGCGCUACGCGGAGAGCGCGGGGAUCCCGGUGAACGUGAACGUGCGGGGCAGCGGCGGGCUGACCCCGCUGCACGUCGCCAGCAUGCACAGACAGUACAUGGUCAUCAAGCUGCUGGUGGGAGCUUUCAGCGCCAACGUCGAUGCAAUGGACUACAACGGGAGGAGACCGUGGCAGUAUCUGAGGGGAGACGCCCCGCUGGAGAUGAAGGAGCUGCUGGGGACAUGGGACGAUGAGCACAGCUGUGAGCACAACGCCAACAAAAACAACAACAGCGCCGCGGCGAUCAACUCCUCCGCUCAUGAUGAGGAGGAGGAGGAUGGAGACACAGAGGAGGUGACAGACUCGUUUAAGAGAGCAGGCAGCUGGAAGUUUGGCUCUUUCAAAAAACUGCUUCCCUCCUUUUCUUUUCUCGGAAAAUAAAAGCUGAGUGAUGAUGACACAAUCCUUCAAAUAUGUACAUUGUGUCACAUUAAGUUUCCCAACACUGAAGAAUAUUCUUAUUAGGGACUGUUCGUUAUCUACAAGAAGGGAGGGGGUGGUGCAAAAAGGGGGAGGCACUUAACCCUUUGACACCUGAACAAAUUGGCUUGAUUUCUUUGAAAAAUAUUGGAGGGUGACGAGCAACUGUCCCAAAAAAUGUGAUAAAUUGUGAGAAAAUUGGUUUGCAAUAAGCAAGUAAGUGUUUGGGGUUUUUUUUUUAAGAAA